UGCAGCAGCUCUUGGUGACUGUCAGCUGGGAAGCAGGUCUGCAGACACGCAUACACGCCCUGGUUGUGAGGUGGGCAAACUUUUCUAGCUAUUUCGCCUCAUUUUCGCUUCUGCUUUUGGGAUUAAGGACGCUUUUUUGCUUCUCUUCGCCAUUCCCGGACCCUGAGCAGAGAUGGAUAAGAGUCAGCAUGUGCAGAAGGCCAAACUGGCGGAGCAGGCUGAGCGCUACGACGACAUGGCCGCGUCCAUGAAGGCCGUGACGGAGCUGGGAGAGGAGCUGUCGGACGAGGAGAGGAACCUGCUCUCCGUGGCCUAUAAGAAUGUGGUAGGUGCCCGCCGGUCCUCCUGGAGGGUCAUCUCCAGCAUCGAGCAGAAGACGGACGGCAGUGACAAGCAGGCGAUGGCCAAAGAGUACCGGGAGAAAAUCGAGUCGGAGCUGCAGUCCAUCUGCAAAGACGUGCUGCAUCUCUUGGACAAGUUUCUGAUCCGCACCACGUCUCCGGCGGAGAGCCAGGUGUUCUACCUGAAGAUGAAGGGAGACUACUACCGGUACCUGGCGGAGGUUGCCACGGGAGACGACAAAAAAGACAUCAUCCUUAAGUCGCAGGAAGCGUAUCAGGCUGCGUUCGAUAUCAGUAAAGACAACAUGCAGCCCACUCACCCCAUCCGGCUCGGCCUCGCGCUCAACUUCUCCGUCUUCUUCUACGAAAUCCUCAACUCUCCAGAGCAGGCCUGCGAUCUCGCCAAGAAGGCUUUCGACGACGCGAUUGCUGAGCUUGACCAGUUAACCGAGGACUCGUACAAGGACAGCACGCUCAUCAUGCAGUUACUAAGAGACAAUCUGACACUGUGGACCUCAGACAAUCAGGCCGACGUUGAGGACACGGAAGAGGGCCGAGAAAACUAAGGCCAGAACCUCCUGUCAGCGCUUCAAAGAACACUGAGAGACUCGCUCUCUACUCCUCACCAGCCUCUGCCGUCUGCGUGUGUGUGUGUUUGUACCGGAGUGUGACUGUGUGACUGUGUGUGUGUGUGUGUGUGUGUGUGUGUGUGUGUGUGUGAGCAAUUUGGGCAGGGGUCUGUCUGGAGAUCUUACGGUUCCUCUGGCGCAGAAGUAGGGCUGCACGAUUAUAGACGGCACAAAACAUCGCGGUUAAUUUGCCACGUUUUCUAGGUUCUGCGUCCGCUGCAGAGACGCACCUCUGCACAUUUUAAUACACAGUUACUGCUCAUUCACUGAAUUUAACGUGCUGGGAACACAAACGUGUCCCGUGUAAAAGCUGCGGCACUUCAACUCUUUUAUAUGCAUGUUUGUUUUUUGCGAUAUGCUAAACGAAUGAGCAGAAACCGUGGAAUAAAAUGUGCUCAGUGUCACAUUUGUGUUGAAAUUUUUUGCAUUAAAACAAAAUUGAUGGAAAGCGCUCAAAAACCGGGAUUAGCGUGACAAAUUAUUUACAUUUGUCCAAAGCUUUGAAUAAAUGCUAGAAAAUGUGAGCUCAUUUGCAUAUUGGGACGUAGGGCUGAGCGAUGUUUGGGACCAAUGUUGUGAUUGGGGUUAAAAUUUUGUGAUUUGGAAGUCCAGGGCUCUUAUUUUUGGCUUCAGGCUGGAACAUUGGACAGAUAGUUGUGAUGUCAUCGUGUCUGGUCGCUCCUGAUUGGUCUAAUUCCUCUACAAGCCGUUUAUACGCUGCGUUAUUAGGUUAGAAUACACUUCAAACGUGGCCGAUAUAGAAAACCGCACAUUUAAAUUGCGAUUCCGAAAUAAAAACGAUGAAUAUUUCCGCUGUGCUUCUGCGAUAUCGGCGUCACCGCGACGAUUCAGAACCGAUAUAUUGUGCAGCCCUACACAGAAGCGAGGGAGAGGGUGUUUUUAGUAAAUGUAUGUAUAUGUGCUCAUAUUUACAUGAAAACAUUGACGCCUCUGUGGUUUACACCCAGAAACCGAGGUGAACGAGAGAGAGAGUGAGUGAGAGAGAGUGAGUGAGCUUGUUCAGGGGUGUGUUUAGACAUUGGGCUGGCGUGGGCUUUAGACUGCAGUCGUGUUCCUUCACAAGUCAUGAAAUGAAACAUUUUUGAGGGACAGAAAAGUUUUUUUUUUUUUUUUUUGUCCGUUUUCUUCCGGUUCGUUUCUCUACAUGAUGUGCAUCGCCUUUUUUCCGAGGUACAGCACGAGUGCAAACGAGGACUUGAUGCAUUUUGUUGCUUAUACUGUAACUUUUCAGCAGUAAGACUUUUACAUGAGCUUGCUUAUCUAUCUAGUCACUGUUAGGAGUUUGUUUCUUUUUGUACUACUUUAUUUUGGUCUUUUGAUACUCGCCUAGAAUGCAUGUGGCUGAGGGCAGUUAAUCAGGGUAAAUGGAGGUUGUCGCUGUUUGGGCUAGCUACAGUAGAGUCGUGUCUUUCAUACAGAACACCAAGCGUAAUUCUUCAUUCUUACUGGGGUGGGACGUGAUUUCAGUGAAAUAAAACAGACACAAUGCU